AUGGCGCAAGACGACCAGCCACCUCCCGCGGCGCGCGGCCCCCCUCCCGGUGCUACGGCACCGCCGGCCCACGUCGGCAAGCCGCAGAUCCACGAGAUAUUCCACGGGCCGGGCCAGGGCGCUCCCGCGGCGCCGGGCCAGCCGCCGCCGACCAUCCGCGACGGGAUCCAGUCCAUCAAGCGCGACGACUUCUUCGGCGUGCACCGCAUCCCCUGCGCCCGCCAGGCCUUCAUGACCGGCAUCGUGGCCGGCACCGUCGCCGGCUUCGGCCGCUAUCUCGUCGGAGCGCCCGCUAACCGCCGCCCGCGCGGGGCCACAGCGCGGAUCCCGAAGGCGGCAAACUGGGCCUUCGGCACCUUCUUCGUGGCCAGCAUCGGGCAGUGGGAGUACUGCCGGGCGCAGCGGGCGAGCGAGCUCGUCGCCAUGGCGCGCGUCGUCGAGGUCAUAGACCGGAAACAGGCCGAGAAGAAGGCCGAGACCGCGAGGCUGCAGCAGGAAGCUGCCGAAAAGCUGGAGCGCGAGGCCGCAGCCAAGAGGAAAAGCUGGUACAAAUUUUGGUGA